AUGGCGGCAAACUCCCCUGCAAUGGCCGUCGGUGGUUUACUGGGUUCUUACUACACUAUGGUGGAAAAGCUGUUUGGAACCAGUGGUGGUAUCUUUCUCUCGUAUGCAUACUUGCUCGCCCAAAAGCCGCAAGGGAGUGUCGAAGGAAUUUGGAUGGCCAUAUUCAUAGGAAUCUUCAUAGCAUCACUAAGCAAUUUCAUUCUGUUAAUCCAUGCUUCAUACUUGAAAGAGAGGGGGUCCAUUGACGGCUAUGAGCCUGGAAUCCUUAAAUGGCUGAUGCUUUUAGUGCUGGCAUUCCUUUAUGCACUAUUUUGUAUCCUACUGCGCAGGGGCGACGCCAGGUACAGCUUGCCUGGUGCCCAGGCACCAGGAUUCUGGAAGAAAUUGAUGCGUAUCAAAGAAAUUGGGAUGUCUGAGAUCACUGGCUCUGCCUCCAGAGGUGGCGGUUCAGAUAGGCCAACAGGUAUCUACGCAAUUGAAGUGAGAUGA